AUGGAAACAGCCAUAACAAAAAAACUCUUGGCAAAUGCCAUUCUUCUCUUAUGCCUAGCCAUGGCUUCUUGUGAGGCCAAGGGUUUGCGCGGUGGCAUGAUUAAACCGAGUCGUCUUCCUGGUCGUGAAGAUCCCACUGUGAAAAUCUUUAACAUCUUGCAUUUUGGUGCGAAAACUGAUCCAAAGGAGGAUAAUGCAUUGCAUCUCAUUCGGGCAUGGAAUGCUGCAUGCAAUUGGAAAGGAAAGGCGAGGCUACUUGUUCCUAAUGGGGUUUUCGUAGCCUCAUCAAUGGUAUUUGUUGGACCAUGCAACAAUACAGCUCCCAUUGUUUUUCAACUUGUAGGAACUCUCAAGGCAUUAUCAGAUUUGACCUGUUAUUCAGAAGAUUUUUGGAUGAUAUUCCAAAAUAUAAAUGGCUUGGUGAUUUCUGGAAACGGCAUUGUUGAUGGCCAAGGCCCUAAUGUAUGGAAAUAUAACGAUCAUUCAGGCAGUGUUUUUCCAGCAUCUAUUAAAUUAUAUCAUGUGACUGAUGGAAUUAUAAGACAAAUAAAUUCUGUUAAUCCCAUGGGAUUCCACAUUGGUAUUGUUCUCAGCCAGAAUAUUAAAGCCAUAGAUCUCCAUUUAACAGCUCCUGAAGAUAGCCCCAACACUGAUGGUAUCCAUAUCAGCCAAUCCAGUCAAGUUGUAAUAGAUAGAAGUGUUAUUGCAACCGGAGAUGAUUGCGUUGGCAUGAUUCAAGGAAGCACCGAUAUCACCAUCAAGAAAGUAAUCUGUGGUCCUGGACAUGGCAUCAGCAUUGGUAGUCUUGGAAAGUACCCGGAUGAGAAGGACGUGAAAGGUAUUCUUGUGACAAACUGCACAAUGAAGAAAACUGAGAAUGGAAUCAGAAUCAAAACAUGGGGAGUAUCACCUCCAAGCAAAGCUACAGCCUUGACCUUCCGGGACCUCAUUAUGCACGAAGUUAGAAACCCCAUUAUUAUUGAUCAAUCCUACGGAUCCAAGUCGAAGGGGCCAUCAAAGGUACAGAUCAGCGAUGUUAAAUACAUGAACGUUAGGGGAACCACCACCUCAGAAGUUGGCGUGGACAUUGAAUGCAGCAAGCAAUUUCCUUGCCAAAGAGUUCAGUUGGCAAACAUCAAUUUGAAGUACACUGGUGCUAAAAAAAACCCUCUCUCCUCUGUAUGUGAAAAUGCAGAAGUGAGCUAUUCUGGGAUUCAAUUUCCACCACCCUGCUGAUAAGGGUUUGAAUUUGCAAUAUAUACCAAGCAUCAAGCAUUUGUAUUAUUAGCUACAACUACGUACAAGGCGAUGCAGCUUUUGGAUCAAAUAGAAAUUGAUAUAUUUUCCCUUCACUUCA